CCCAGUAGGUAUAUGGUCCACGCAACGAGCCCAUUGCGCGAACAGCGUGCGUUCGGCGGCGGUGACGCAAGCCGUUUUGGUAAAAGACGACGCCUUAUAUUGCGCUCCGUAGCGGCACAUGUAGCAGCAGCAGCGCAGGAGAGGAGUUAGUGUUGGGUGCCAGGGGCGUUCGGAGCAGUGUUAGUCACUCCCAACCUGCAGCAUUCAAAUCCGGAACUUCCCGGCGGCUUCCAUCACCACCACCAUCAUCAUCGUCUCUCACUCUCGCUCGCUCUCUCUAUAUAUAUCAUCGACAGCAUUUGUACAGCGGCGUCUCGUAACCGAGAGCUCAGAUGCGGAUUGCCGUGUCAACUCGAUUUGUGGAGAAGCGUGAACGGUGUUCUGUAGUGGUAAAUCUACCGCGAGGAAGCGUUCCAUAAAUCAAAACAAAGGCAGAGGAGGAGGAGGAGGGGGGUGGUGGUGGUUUUGAUAUAUGCGAAGUGGUAGUCCAUUGCGCAUGGACGAGCAUUUCACUAAUUAUAGCUCUACCUGGCUGCGUGAAACUCAAACCCCCGACCAAUCUUUCUCGCCGACAGCCGCGGCAAACGCGAUCAAACAGCGUCGCUCGAACUCAACGAUGCGCUCGGAUUCUUGAAGUCUGCGCCGCCGACGGAGUCCGCAGUUUCGUUAUGGAUGUACUCAAGGCCGCUGCCGUUCUCCUCUGCUACGUCGCCUGCCUCUUGGAGCCGGACCUGGUUCGCGUGGAGGCGGCGGCGCUCAGCUCCCGCCACCGCUUGGCCUCCUCGCAGGCGAAAGGCGCUGCUGAGUCGGCGUCCAGGUCUUCGCCGGGUGCUCGCAAAGUGUCCGUGGGAACGGCUCAUCAUCAUCACCAUCAUCAUCAACACCACCAUCACAGCCAGCAGCAGCAGCAGCAACAGCAGCAGCAGCAGCGCGCCGGAGGAACGGCAGGAGCUGGAGCUCAUCAUGACCACGAGUUCCGCUGGAGUGGUCACAAUGUGUCGGUGGUUCCGCACGAGUACAUGCUGUCCCUGUACAAAACACUGUCGGUCGCCUCGGCAGGCAAGGACAUCAGUGCGAACACUAUCACCAGCUUCGUCGACAGAGGAGAAGAUGGGAGCUCGGUACGUAGACAGAGGUAUUCCUUUGAUCUUACAACGCUGUCCCGACAGGACGACCUGAUUAGCUCUGAAUUCCGAGUCCUCCGGAGAGCACCCGAGGAGCCGCAGAGAACCUCCCGCAUGGGUAACCUCGUGUCCCUCAAGCUCUUCCUGUGCCCCACCACCUCCCGUGCCCGCGAGAUGCUGCUCGACUCUCGCGCCGUCGACCUCCUCGACAAGAAGCUGCCCAGCUGGGAGGUGUUCGACGUGAAGGCCGCCGUGGAGAGAGUGUACAACGACUCGUCCGUCACGUCGCUGUGCCUCGACCUGGAGGUGUCUUCGGAGAACUCGCGGAUCGUCACGGAGGGGCGCUACGUCGGCUUUUCCCGGAAGGGGCGCCGGCCUCAGGAGAAGGCGCUCAUGGUCAUCUCCAGCCGGGCGCACAAGCGGGGCAACCUCUUCAACGAGAUCAUCGACAAAGGGAAGGCGUCGCACGGCGGAGGGGACGGCGAUUCGCACGAGAAAAUCAGAGGAGCUGUGGACGUCAUGGGCAGAACUCGAAAGAAAGAUGAAAGCGAAGAAGUGUCCCUAAAAUCUGGACAUCGUCAUCAGUUAAAUAAGAAGAUUGGCGGCAGAGCGGACAGUGAUCAAGCUAAAGGCCGGGCGCCAAAGCAAAGCGGGGGCAAGGCUGGGUCACUGCCCCGCGGCAAAGCUUCCCAGAAAUUACGUAAAGGGGAAAUUGAUCCAGCUGACUCUGAUCCACAGUACCGCAGAAAAAGGACACCCCUGGCCAAUCGUCCUGGCGGCAAGGGACAUAACAAGAAAUCGAAGUCUCGGUGCAGUAAGAAGCCGCUGCACGUUAACUUCAAGGAGCUGGGCUGGGACGAUUGGAUCAUCGCUCCGCUAGAUUACGAAGCGUACCACUGCGAGGGCGUUUGCGAUUUCCCCCUGCGUUCGCACCUCGAGCCCACAAACCACGCGAUCAUCCAAACGCUGAUGAACUCCAUGAAUCCCGACUCGACACCGCCAAGCUGUUGCGUGCCGACCAAGCUGAGCCCCAUUAGCAUACUCUACAUUGACUCGGGCAACAAUGUUGUCUACAAGCAGUACGAGGACAUGGUCGUGGAGUCUUGCGGUUGCAGGUAGCGCGAAAGAAACCAUUGAAAGAGCCAGCAGACUCCGGUGACGGACAGUGACUUGACGUCACACGUUUGCGCGUAAUCUGUUUUGUGGAAGGAAAGGCAGCUUCUGUUAUGGUUCACCACACGCCAGCUCCAGUCAUGUCAUCGAACGACUGAAAUUUAAAAGUAUAAGACAUUCUUGAAGUGUGGUGGUAUCCUACAGCAAGUAUGUUGGGUUCAUUUGCUGUGGAUACUGUAGCACUAAGGGUAGCUACUGACAGACAUUGAUGUAUAUUUGAUAAACGGAGCUCACUUAAAAGUCUGUGCGUAGGCAAAGUUUUGUUUUUUUCGUUUAAACUAUUGACAAAAACGCAACUCGACGGAACCCAUUGCAAGGAAAACCCACCCGCUUGGAAGGAAAGUGACAAACGAUUGACGAAAAAAAACGUAAGGCAUCGCGCAUCCACGCGCGCGCUGCUUGCACAGAUGAUUUUCCAAUUGUGGAAAUAUUUUAUGGAAAGAAAAAGGACCGUCCGUCCGUCUCCACCCCCCCCCCCCCCCGAAAUUCGCGGAAGGAGUUAAACGUCGUGUGCGCGGUUCUUUCUUACAGCCACCUGUUUAAACAGUGGACCGACUUUACUGAGACGGGACCAUCGGCAAAGAGCAAAUGCUGCGGAGAUAAGGCUGGCAUUGCCUAUGCGGAGUCCUUUGGACAGCAGCUGCUGAGGACAAGGGGGGUGGUGUGGGGAAGUUGGGCUGGCUGGCACGCCAUGCCUUACGAGCAAGCCUAAAUACUGUUUAACUUUGUUUAUAGCCUGGAGCCAUGGCAUGUUAUUAUCUGUCUGUAAAGAGAGCAAGAGGAGGGGAGAGGGGGGGAGCCUUGCGUGCAUCUCCGCGCAAGUUGGCAGAAGGAGAGAAAAAAAAUUGUGGGUAAUUUUAUUAUUUUGUUUCUGGUGGGUUGGUGAUUGUGCACACUGGGAAGACUGGACAAUGAGCUCAGUGAAUGGACCCUCAACAUUUGCCAAGGAAUCAAUGUUUGAUUGCUAGUGGCAAUUGCCACAACGUCGCCUGUGUUUCACGAAGAAAAAUCUUGUUUUGAGAGAGAGAAAAAAACCCUGCGUUAUGUUUUUUUUUGCAGGCUGCAACACAGCACAUGGCCCAGCAGUGUCCUAACUGCGGUUAUUUUUAUGUUGUUAACAUUAAACUACACUGAAAAAAAAAACAAUGGAUCUGGUUGAAAGUAAAUCGUACCUUGCUUUAACAACAAAAAAUAUCACACAGAACGCAAAUUUUAAAGUUGACGUCCAGUUGUCCAGUACAUUAGCAAUAAUAAGUGUAUGUAGAUUAUUAUUUUGACAAACAUUACAGUAACUGUAUAAAACACAGCAUUAAAAAAAUACUGCUGGUACACUUAAAACUACAUGGAAGGCCCUCUCUUUUAAACACUUUACAACACCACCGUACAAUAGCGAAACUCAUCAGCAAGUGCAGAUAUUUUGAGCGCCUCCACAAUUUGCCCAUGUUCGGUGGACCUCUGGCCGAUGUGUUUCGUUAUGUUACAGCUAAUUGUAGAGUGACCUAAAGACGUUUCUGUGUUUUAUCAGUGCAUUUGAUACACGCGGUGUUAUAAACAGUGUUUAUAUAUUGUCGACAUAUAGAAAUUAUUACUUUAAUACAUGCAAUAGUUCUCUUUGCUGUUAUAGACUAUUUAUUUUCUGUUUAUAACAAUAUAACUUUUUGUUGUUGUUGCUGUUGUUGUGCUGGAAUGGUAACAAAUGUAGAAGAUUAAAUAAUAAGGUGGGCAGAGACAAAAAAAAACACAAUCAGUCCGUAAAAUAUAAUUUAAUAAAUGGCUCAAUUCUGGGCUGUAAUGUAGACAAAAUGCACAUGUAAUUUGAUUUAAUGCACUGUUUCAUGUUUGUCCUUUGAGUUGUACAUAAUGUGGAUUUCUGUGGAUUGACAUGUAUUAUGCUUUAUGUAAUAGAGGUGGCCAUUUAUAUUUUUUUCCCAGAAUGCGUUUUGUAUACAUGGUAUAUUACAUUCCUUUUUUAAAAAUGCACUCGUAUAAUUUUAAUUGACGUAUCACAAAGCUACACGACUCCACACGCCACGAUGUAGACCAAUGCACACUCACAAGGCAACAUCUUUGACAAUACUCACCUGAAGCUCUUCAUGCUCAACGAAUGGAAACAAAAAAACAACUGUACAAAAAAAUAAACAGUCUUGUGAUUUCUUAUUUAAGAUUUUUUAAACCAUUGUUAGAGUAAGAAAUCAUUUAUAAAUAUAUUAUAUAAAAAAGUUGCUAUCCGUAGUAAUUGAUCUGUUUUAUAUUUACGCAAAUUUUGCAGAUGAAAAAAAAACACCCCGAGAUUUUAAUUUCCUGUAACUUAUUUGUUAAUUACGACUUUUGUUUGUUUGUUUAAAGAGUGGAUAUGCUAGUUUGCCAAAACUGGGAGGUGUUCCAAACAGAAGGGUGCACACAAGCUGAUGAGACAGAUACAAACAUUUAAAUAAACCUGAGGUUACGGCAACAACAACAAAAAACAUUGUAUGCAUAAGAUAACCAGCCAGUCCACUAACCACAUCGAGUAGCUUUCAAAAGUCUGCUAGAUCUUCACGGAUGAGCUGCUCAGCUCUCUCGUGUUGUUUGGCACAAUGUCUGGAUGCUUUGCUCUAUGUGCCUGCCGGUAGCAUCUUCUUCUUCUGCAGAACUCGAUUUGAAGUUUUCGUGACUGCAGGAAUUACUCUUUGGUUCUUUCGCUGAAGUCGCGUAGAAAGAAAAUAAAUUAAAUAAUAGAAUACGACAUUUCGAAUGCAACACAAGCAAUCGUCAUGGGGUAGAAAGCAAACCUAGUAAACUUAGAAAUACAAUGCAAUAAAACACAGAGAAUCGGUUAACACAACAGUCAACACCCUACCUGGUUGAUUACGUUAUUCCAAAGAUUGCUAAAUUUUAGAGGAAUUCUUCUGCAGAAUACAGUAGCUAAAGUAGCUCCCAAAAUGUAACCAUUAAACGACUUGAUAUUUUGUUUACGAGUUACAUUAGCGUACUCUGUGUUUAUUAUAACGAAAUUAUCUCAGUGUGGUUCAAACAACGGCCCACUUAAUGGCACGCUUGGGUUAUGAAUCCAGGUGACCUGAGUUCAAUUCCCGGUCAUGGCUAACAUUUGGUGCGUUAGUAAUUUCCGCACCGGACCUGAGCCUCAGAAUUUUAAUUCUUGACGAUUCUCCCAGAACGUGGAGCGAGACGCUAGGACAUAAUGCCGAACAGCACCAUGGUUAGCCUGAAAACACAGAGGAGAGCUACGAGUAACUGCGAAUUAGUUGAUGCUAUUUUUUGCAAAUGGUAAAACGACCUCAGGUGUAAUAUAAUCAAGAUUUAAAUAAGCAGGCUUAAAUUAUACAGAGGAUGAAUGAAGAUGGCAUCUUCACUCUGAUCCGUGUCUACAGUCGAUAUGGGAAACAUUUUACGAGGUACGUUCUUGAAAGCGCGUUAUCAUUUGGCGCAAACAGCACGGGACCUCUGUUGGCGAAUGCCAUCACUCUAUACGGCGAAGAGAGACGUUAACUUAUCAUUGUUUCGUCAAGGGCAGGAGUUGUAGAUGCAGAAGUAAAGGUGCAGAGGGAUAUAUCACCCGUAAAUAAAGGUUUUUUUGGGAGGGGGGGUUUGAGGUUGCGUAAAUAUGAAUGUGUCGUUAACCCACCACCACAUGACACGGGCAAUUAGUAAGAAAAUUGGUUGCUACUUCAGCGCACCGGUGCAUGUGUUUAAGAGUACACCCACAACAUUUACAAUUUGAGUUCGAUGUUUCGCAUGGUGAUUACAACCAGCUUCAUCAGGCGAUUUUCCAGAAUUGUGAACAAGUCAAACCGUUACUAAUUGGCUGUGUUGGGUGGUGGUGGGUUAACGACACGUAUAUAUUUACGAAUCUAACCCAAGACACCUUGAUUUUGAAUAAUACUGGUCUUGAACGGAUAGAUCACCACAUCAUUUGCACUCCGAUGCCCCCUCUCAUCCACCCCUGCAAUAAUCUACACGGAGGGCUCGUUCAGUGCCAAGAAGAGAUGUGAUCUAGGGCGACGAUGAUGAAAAAAACAAAUCUUUGUGAUGUUUCCCUGUGUGCUGCCCUCUUCACGAACCAUCGAUUUCCAUCCUGUUUUUUUUUUCUUCCUAAUCCCAUGCCAUCACACUUAUUAUAUCUCCAUUUCGCAUUGCGGUGAGCAGUGAAUGCAAUUAAACAAGUUCAAACAAUCAUCGCGGUGACGUGGCAAAGUCGUCGUGAUUUUUUUUUUCGUGGCAAAAACACGGACGUAAAAAAAACCUGCGAUUUUAUUCGGGGUUCACACUUUAUGUUUUCUACAUAGUCCCACGUCCACUUAAUAAUGGACAUCUUGCCCAAAGCGGUAGUUGAAACAAUGGUGCAAUUUAUUUUUUUAAACUCAUCCCACCCCCUCUCUCCCCCCCCCCCCCCGUCUCGCUGAUGUCCACCCAGUGGUAUAAACGGGUUCACCGCGGUUUAGGGGCCGUCCAUAAAUGACGUCACGCGAUUUUGAACGAUUUUUGACCGCCCCC